CUCGCAUGGUAGUGUUCGAGAACAGGGCGUUAAUCCCCGCUCAGAAACCUGUAUACCUGCCCGAACCAUGGUUCCAGACUCCAUGCUUUCGCCGCCCCAGAGCCAGGAAUCCACGUCCUUGCUGUCUGCAGCGAGAGCGAACCUCAGAGACUUUAUAACCGACGGCCGUGCAUCUUCUCGUGUUACGGAGCACAAACAAUGGCUGCGGUACCAGUUCAUGGCCUUGGGUGUCGUAAUUAUCAUGUUUGUUAUGCUUGUGUGCCUCGCCAUCCUAAGACCUGUGGUGAUGAUGGGCCAUAGCGACGAGCUCGUUCAGUGCCAUGUCUGCAGAACAACUGACUGUGAAGAGCAUUCUGCCAUUCUCAACCGGCUCUUUAAGCACCUCGACCCCUGCAACGACUUUGAACAGUUUGUGUGUUCUGCUCUCCAGCCAGAUAGCCAUUUCAUUGGGCUAAGCUGGGAUACGCAAACCAACAUGACCUUUCGGUAUUACAACAGGCUGAUCCGCAUGCUCCAAACUCGUAACCAGAGAACAACUAGUGGUCUGAGAAAAGCUGCAACUGCGUUACAGAGCUGCUUAGCUCAAGCGAUGAUAAUGAAUAACGACAUCGAAACCCUGAAAAGAUUCUUCGCUGGCAGGCGCAUACCUAUAUUUUCAUCAGAAGAACGUGGUACCUACGAAACUGAAAAUGUCCAUCCUUUGGAUGUCUUAAUAGACCUCUCAGUAAACUAUAAUCUCGCUUUUUGGUUCGAGCUCGAUUUAUUACCAGUAAGCGCAGGCAAUCCCAAACAUCUGCUCAUGACGCAUAUAGAUCAAGUCACCUACAUCACCUAUUUUCGUAAAAUGUACGUAUUUACGGAGUACAAGGACUACCUGAACAAGUUCCUGAAAUUGAUCAACGCCACCUUGUCGGAGGAAAUGCUUGAAAGGUUGACCACAACCGAAAGAGUCGCACUCGAAAUGGUAUCUGAAAUGCACAAGAAACCAGUCAACGAGGGGGUCGUCCGAUUUCGCGACAUCGAGAUUUUCACACCGAACAUUUCUCGCGAUCUUUGGUUGAGCCUACUCAACAAGCACUACUACCCUUACCAGUACUUCGAUAAUGAAGACGAACUAAUUUUUAGCAACAUACAUUUUCCAAGGAGUCUCAACACUGUUCUAUCCGUUCUCAGGUCACGUGACGUGAUAGAGCUCAUAGGUUUCUGGGCAAUGAAGAUAUAUGCGUGGCUCGGUAAUCCUGACAUACUCCAGUUGGCGCUGGGGAGCCACGACACCGUCAAAGAUUACAUACCGACGCUUUGCCUAAUCGACGUUGAAGACAUAUUCGAGUCGGUCCUAUUCGCCAAGUACAUUGACCUAAGAUUCCCUCCCGAAGAGAAGAGAAAGGUCGACAGCCUGCUGUCAAAUAUAGUGCUUCGGGCAAAGUCAAUGUUCGAUAAAUCGCAUUGGAUCGAUCGCGAUAGUGCCCGUUACGCAAAGCAAAAGUUGAAUAACAUCACGUUUAACUUAUGGCCGACUGCUGAUCUGCUGGGUAGGAAUGCACGCGCUUACGACAACUUCUCGGACUUCCAGGGACCGUACCUCAAGGCUUGGGAAAAAUCCCGAAGUGCAAUAAAGACGCUCAUGGAAAGCAUACCUUAUAACGAUCACUCCCGGCACGGGAUAUCAGCACGCGUGUUGCAUCUGUCCUACCUGUAUCAUACCAACAUGGUGGAUAUCUCUCCGGCUGCUUUGUCAGCUCCACUGUACUACAAGGACGGAACGAUGGGAAUGGCCUACGGCGGAUUCGGAGUGCAUGUCGCUGCUCAAAUCGCAAAAGCAUUCGACGAGCAAGGCCUCGUGGCUAAUACGAACCAUCAAUUGGGAUCAUGGUGGUCCGAAGCUACGAGGAGUACAUACAACUCGAAGGUGUCUUGCAUAGGCUCAGAGACCGCGAGCUUGUUCCCUUUCAUACCUGCUCUGGAAAUCGCCUAUGAAGAGUACCGAGGUUUCUUAAAACAUCAGCUUAAGUCACAGACUGGAUUCCGCCUAGAGUUUGCGGAAGGGUUCUCUGGCGAUCGAGUAUUCUUCAUCACGUUCUGCUUGUACUUGUGCCAUAGUUCGCCAUCACAGAAGCGCGCUAGUAUAUGCAAUGACGUUCUUCGAAAGUUUACCCCGUUUGCUAAAACAUUUAAUUGCAGCUGUGGUUCGCAUAUGAAUCCUUGUGAGUCGUGUAGUUUUUUUUAUUAGUGCUGCGCUGCGUUCUGUUUGACGUUAGACGUUCGUUCGGGACUCAGCGGGACCGCAAGAACGAACAAAGUGCCAGUGUAACCAAAUUUUAUGUGAAAUUAUCUUCGAUGGUAUACGUAUAUGUAUUUAUGUGCAAGUUAAAAGCAUAUUUAGUUCCGACUCAACAUGUGUUGCAGGAACGUUUGAAAUUCUUAAGAAUUGUGGAUAGAUAGCCAAACCAGGGUUUGAAAUUUGUUUCCUUCGAACGGGAACGCCCGUGCAGCGUACAUUAGCUGUUUAGGCAGCCUGAUAAAAUAAAACAAACUAAAUCCCUUGCACGUUUUGUGUCGGACU